AUGCCCCGAGCGCUCUUUCAUGUGGUGAACGGGACUUGGAGUCUGCCCAGCUUCGUGUGUGACUUCUACAUCGCCAUGGACGUGACUUGCAGCACCUCCUCCAUAUUCAACCUCGUGGCCAUCAGCAUAGACAGGUACAUCGCGGUGACGCAGCCCAUCAAGUACGCCAAGCACAAGAACAACCGGCGCGCGUGGCUCACCAUCGCGCUGGUGUGGGUCAUCUCCGCCGCCAUCGGCAGCCCCAUCGUGCUGGGCCUCAACAACACGCCCGACCGACGACCCGAGCUCUGCGUCUUCUACAACAGCGACUUCAUCAUCUACAGCUCGCUGUCCUCCUUCUACAUCCCCUGCAUCAUCAUGGUCUUCCUCUACUACAACAUCUUCAAGGCGCUGCGGAACCGCGCGAGGAAGGCGCGCCUGGCGAGGCGGCCGCAGACCGCCGACGCGCCCCAGGUCACGGUCAUCGAGAACGUGGCGGCGCAGGGCGGGCGGCGGCUGGCCGAGACGCAGCUGGGGUCGUCGCUGGCGCCGCCGCCGUCGGGGCUGGAGGAGGACCGCCCCACCAACACCGGCAGCGGCAGCCAGGAAGAGCUGGACAAGGACGGCUUCGACGACUGCCAGGUGAUUCCCAACGACAAGUCCACCGAGUUCAUCCUGGCCACGGUGACCGAGGAGACGGCACUGGCGGUGAACCUGGUGUCGAGGGCGUCCCUGGCCGACCCCAACGGCAACAACGACUCGGGCUACGCGGCGUCAAACCUGGAGGAGACGGCGCUGCACCUGUCGGCGCACGACAGCCCCCACCGAGGGAUGCGAGCCGCCGGCCAGCGCGACGACCGGGGGCAGCCCAAGGGCCAGGCGCGGCGGAACGGCGAGGCCAGGAGCGCGCCGCCCAUCAGGCGGAUGGGCUCCUCGGAGGACAGCAUCGCCUCGGGCUCGAAGAAGGAGCGCAAGAGCGCGGCGGGGUCGCGCUUCACCAUCUACAAGGUGCACAAGGCGAGCCGCAAGAAGCGCGAGAAGUCGUCGGCCAAGAAGGAGCGCAAGGCGACCAAGACUCUGGCCAUCGUGCUAGGAGUGUUCCUGUUCUGCUGGGUGCCGUUCUUCACGUGCAACAUCCUGGACGCGAUGUGCACCAAGCUGGCGGCCGACUGCUCGCCCGGGGUCGCCGCCUUCAUCCUCACCACGUGGCUGGGCUACAUGAACAGCUUCGUGAACCCCGUCAUCUACACCAUCUUCAACCCGGAGUUCCGAAAGGCGUUCAAGAAGCUCAUGGCCAUCGGCACGUAG